UAGUCCAUUAACGGCUGAGGAACUUUCGGUCUUCCCAGAAUUUCUGUGGUUUGUUAAUAUAUAUAAAAUGAAACCAUGGAUUAUACCAAGCCAAUCACUUAUUUCUAAUUUGAAUCUCAAUGAUGAAAUCACGAAUCAAAAGAUCGGUAAAAUUAAGAAUAAAAACAAAGAUAAAAAGGCUAAAAAGAAAACUGAGGGUGAAACCAAAGGUAAAACUGAGAGUAAAAAAAAAAGGAUAAAGCCGAGGGUCAAACCAAAGGGGAAACUGAAGGUGAAACUAAAGGUGAAACCAAAGGUCAAACCAAAGGUGAAACCAAAGGGAAAACUGAAGGUGAAACCAAAGGGGAAACUGAAGGUGAAACCAAGGGGGAAACUGAAGGGGAAACUGAAGGUGAAAAGAAAAGUCAAACUGAGAUAGAACUAGAGUUAUUCCUUAAUAUUUCUAUU